UCUUCACGUUUCGCUUGUGCGCUCAAUUAACAUGUCUGUGUUAUUCAACGACGAAAACUCCAAUUCGGACGGAGAACUAAAGAUAAAUACUAAAUACGCCAGUAUUUACGACAACUUCCGCCAAAAGGAAGAAUUACAUAAAUUAAAAGCAAGAUAUGGUGAGGAUGUUGUACUGUCGGAAGAUGAAUCCAGUGAUAGCAGUUUAUCAGAUGAAAAUGAGGAUAUUCAGAAUGCAGAAUUUGAUAAACAGUUUCUAUUAACAUUAGCUUGUUUGAAAUCUGGGAAUCCAAGCACAUAUGAAAAAUGUAAUAAUAUUAGUAAAUCUGAAAUAUCAGAAAAUGCUGAAACAAAUAAAAAAGAAAAGAAAAAAUUAAAGAAGGAAAAGCCCCUCUCUUUACGUGAUUAUGAACGUAAGAUGAUAUUAGAAAGAGAUGGACGGUUCAGUAGCAGUGAAGAUGAAGAUGAAAUAAAGCAGAAAUCUAAAUCCAAAGUUCUCACUUAUGUGGAAGAACAAAAAGAAUUAAAAGAUAGUUUCAGAGAAGCUUUAAAAGAUGAGGAUGAUGAUGAAGAUAAUGAUCUUUUAAAGAUAAAACAAAAGACAGAAGAUGAAAAACACAAAGAAGAAGAAUCGUACAAGGAAUGGUUGAAAGGUCAAGAAGUGACAAUAGAUCCCAAGGACAAAGAAAUGCUUAAACCAUUGCGUGAUUUUUGGUCGGAUCCUAAUUUAGAUCCAAAUGAGAAAUUCUUAAGGGAUUAUAUUCUAAAUAAUAAAUAUAUGAACAAAGAGUCUUAUGAUGUUAAUUUGGAAUAUAAUCAGGUUGUUCAUGACAGCGAUGAGAACUUGUCGGAAGAUGAAAAGACUAUCCAAAAACAAGAGGAAUUUGAACAUAAAUACAAUUUUAGAUUUGAAGAACCUGAUCAAGAAUUUAUUAAAAGGUAUCCACGAACGAUGGAAAACUCGAUGCGGAAGAAAGAUACACGCAGAACUCAGAAGAGAGCAGAAGUUAAAGAGAGAAAAGAGCAAGAGAAGCAGCAAAAAAGAGAGGAAUUGAAACAAUUAAAGGCAUUGAAGAGAAAGGAAAUAGAAGAAAAGAUAGAAAAGUUGAGAGAAAUCACUGGAAAUGAUGAUAUGCACUUCGAUAAUGUUGACUUUGAUUCCGAUUUUGAUCCAAAUGAACACGACAAAAGGAUGAAGGAAAUUUUUAAUGACGAAUAUUAUGCUGGUGGUGAGAACGAGGUGCAGAAGCCAGAAUUUCCAGAAAUUGAUGAAGAACUGGAUAUCGAAUCCAAAUGGGAUACAUAUGAUCCAACUACAGAUAAAAUUGACAUGAAAUCUGCGCCAUAUGAAGAACCUCAUUGUGAAGACCCAGAUUUUAAUAUGGAUGCGGAUUACGAUCCAGAAUCCCAAGACUUACAAUCUAAACUCAUUGACAGUACGAAAAAGAGAAAACAAAAGAAGCGCUCUAAAUUUGCUGAACUUAUAGCAAAAGAGAAACCCAAAUUUGAUCCAACACAAUUCCCUUCAUAUGCAGAUUAUUUCGAUCAAUAUUACUCGUUGGAUUAUGAAGACAUGAUCGGAGACUUGCCUUGUAGAUUUAAAUAUCGAAAAGUAGUUCCAAAUGAUUAUGGAUUAAGCAUUGAAGAAAUUUUAAUGGCCGACGAUAAAGAGUUGAAUAGAUGGUGUCCUUUAAGACAAACUCUUAAACAUAAACCAGAACACGUUGAAAGGAAUGAAAUUCGAAUAUAUAAAGAAAAAGCGAUGAAUGAAACACAUAAGCAAAAAAUUUUUAAGAGCUUAUAUGCUGAACCGGAAGAGAAGGAAAAAGAAAAAGAUGAACUUGUCACUGAGCAAACUGAAACUCAUAAUAAGAAACCUAGACGAAAGAAAAGAGUUAAAGCCAACAAUUUUAAUGUGGAAUAUAGUAGUAUUGAUACCGUUUCUAAAGAAAAAGCCAUGAAUAUAGUAAAGAAUCAUUGUCAUAAUAAUAAUAAGGAUAAUAGAAAGGAAGAUGAACAAAAUAAAGAUGGGCAAGAUAAAAACAUAGUACAUGAUAAUAAAAAGAAAGAUAAACAAAAUAAAGAUGAGCAAGACAAAAACAUAGGUCAUAAAAGCAAAAAGCAGAAACGGAAGAACAAAUUAAAAACCGAUGAUAACACUCCAAUUUCUAAAAAAAUAAAAAUAGAUAGUGGAACAAAGGAAGAUUGUCAAAUAAAAACAGAUACUAAUAAUAUAAAAGAAAAUGAAAAAAUCAAUAAAUCUGCAGGCCGGAAGAAAAACAAGAACAAGAACAUUCAAUAUAAUCAAACUGGAAAGCGCAAACCAGAUUAUGAUGAUCCAAUGAUGUCUUUGAAUGCAGAAAGAUUGAAGAUGUAUGGAAUAAAUGCUAAGAAAUUAAAAAAUAAGUUGAAAUAUAGCAAUAAUAAAUUGUAAUAUUAAUGUUGUAUUUACAACAACUGUAAAUAUUAGUAAAUAUUAAAUAAUAAUUUUAGAUUUUAUGUAGCAUUUGUACAUUUGUACAAAUGCUACAUAACAUCUAAAAUUGUACAUUAUAUAAAUUUUUUAUUGAUACAUGUACGUAUAAUGUGUCUGAAAAGUAAAAUUCAAUUUUUUUAAAUUAAUAAUUCUGCGAAUUGGACUGAUCGUAAAAUUAAAAAUAUCUGAUAACGCUGCAGAAAGUUUAUUGCAUUGAGUCAAAAGAUAUCUUCUCACUCUAACUUCAAUACAAAUUUUAACACACACACACACACACACACACACACACACACACACACACACACACACACACACACACGCACACACAUACAUAUAUAUUGUAAGGGUGGAUAGAGAACAGCAGUCAGCGACUGCGCGCAACCCUCAAGUAGGAGUGGCCUCGAGUUAAGGCGGAUCCGCUUUCGGAUGAUAAACGACGUUUGCGGAUUAUUAGGAUCGUAGACUGCUGUUUGUGUUUGCCUUUCCACAAUUUCCAUCUCUAAUCCACCCCGUAUGCUUUACUCGAGAGACAAAUACAUUCUAUUGAUCUGACGCGUUAUGGAUUUCACUUACCGAGUCCGCGUUUGCGCCUCUUUUCCUUUUGAUCCGUUAAAUGUUGAUGAUAUAUAGCUAGAAAUAUAAAUUUUAAU